GAGGCAGCACGCUCCUGAGCACGUUCCAGUCCCUCCUGGCGAGGCAGGGGGAAGGCGGCGGCGCGGCGCCGCCGGGCGCCUGCGCGGCCCCGCGCCCGGAAGGCCGGCACGUGGUAGUGAAGAACGUCCCGCCUGGUCACCCCGCGACGCGGGAGGGCAUCGGCCCUGGCUGGCGCGUGGGAUGCCUCCACCCUGGGGCCGCGGGCGAGCUGGCCGUCACAUCGCUGCAGCAGCUGCCCACCAAGCUGGUGAGCCCGUCCGUGACGCUCGCCUUCGCGCACCCCCCGCCGCUGCACGAGGUGCUGCCCUUGGACAGGUCGAGGCGCGUCGAGGCGCUGCUGCCGAAGGCGUGGGCGGAGUGCUCUGGCGGGGCUGCGCUGCACGCCGCGCCGUGGGAGGAGCUGGACCGGUGGGAGCAGGGCCCGCUGCCCCGCAUGAGGUGUCGGGCGCGGCCGCCCGCCAGGGAGGCGGACCACGCCGCCUGCGGCGGGGACAGCAGCAGCAGCGGUGCAGCCGGCCAGGCCACCGACGAGGGCCCGGGCCACGUGUUCGAGCUCGUGGUCCUCGGCUCGCUGCCGCCGCAGAGCCGGCUGGCGGAGCAGCACCUGCAGGUGGCGGGCCCCCAGGACGUGCUCGCCUGGGAGGUGCGGCAGGUAUGGCGGUCGAGCACGGUGGAGGAUGCGGUCGACGGAGGGGGCCUGCAUGAGCGUGCGGGUGUCUACAUCACGGUGCUAUACGUGCUUAUGGCGUACUUGCCCAGCGAGCUCAGGUACGACAUGCGAGCCUCACGCGUGUCCUCUACGUGCGAUGGGAUUCCGCAGACGAGCUCCUUCACCACCCCGUCGAACGCCUUUACGAGGUCCACGAACAAGACACAGAUCGACCAUCCCCGCAUUUCGGCAUACGAGAUGAUCGACUGCACGAUGUGGCUUGCAUAG